AUGGAUAAGGAGGAAGACUACUACGUUCUACCGACCGAAGACGAAUCGAAGAAUCUUCGAAAAGUCGCCGACUCCAUUCCAGGCACGGCUUGGCUUCUCUGCAUUGUGGAGCUCGCGGAGCGUGCCAGUUACUAUGGCGUGCAAACAGUCUUUUCGAAUUUUAUGCAAUUUCCACUGCCCAAGGGAGGAAACGGAGCUGGUGCUGUUGGAAGUCCAAACCAGACUGCUGGUGCUCUUGGAAAGGGAUUGGUUUUCAGUAACGCUUUUGUCUUGCUAUUCUCAUUUCUGGCGUACCUCGUUCCCAUCUACGGAGGCUAUCUGGCAGACACGAAGCUUGGCCGGUUCAAGACUAUCCUUAUUGGCGUCCUCAUCUGCGGUGUUUCGCACGUGAUCAUGAUCAUCGGUGCCAUACCCAAAGUGCUACAAGGAGGCAAUGGUAUCGCACCAUUCUUGAUCUCUCUAUUCCUACUCGCCAUUGGAGCUGGUCUCUUCAAACCCAACGUCGCACCGACCAUACUCGAUCAAUAUCGCCAUCAAAAGCCAUACAUCAGAACGCUCCCCUCUGGCGAAAGAGUCGUCGUCGAUCCCGAGGUGACCGUGCAGCGGGUGAUGCUCGUCUUCUACGGCUUUAUCAACAUUGGAGCAUUUUUCGCUAUUGCCACCAGCUAUUCGGAGAAGUACGUCGGUUUCUGGCUCGCGUUCCUGGCGCCAGGUGUCAUCUACUUUGCUCUUCCGGCUUUACUCUGGUACCUUUAUCCUCGUCUUACAGUGUACCCUCCCGACGGAAGCGCUCUCACCAAAGUCUGGCGAAUCCUCAGUAUAUCGAUGAAGCAGACCAAGGGCCAAUUCUGGAAACACGAAGCCUUUUGGCAGGCUGCUAGACCUAGUGUGCUUGCGGGAAAAGGCAUCACAUCUUUUGGCGGCAAAGCAAUCUCGUGGACGGAUAAAGAUGUGGAUGAUGUCCGACGCACGAUGGUCGCAUGUGCAAUUUUUCUCUAUUUUCCUAUUUACAAUCUCAAUGACGGCGGUAUUGGCUCCGUCGCUACUUCUAUGGGUUCUACUCUCACUACCAAUGGAGCACCAAAUGAUUUACUGAACAACUUCAACCCUCUUACCAUAAUCAUUGCCGUCCCCCUCCUCUCCUACAUCAUCUACCCCCUCCUCCGACACUUCCACAUCCCCUUUGGCCGCAUCUCCCGCAUCACCUUCGGCUUCAUCCUCGCCACCCUCUCCAGCCUCAUCGGCGCUCUAAUCCAAUGGCGCAUCUACUCCACCUCCCCCUGCGGCUCCCACGCCACCUCGUGCACCAGCGGCGUCAGUCCCAUUUCCAUCUGGGUGCAAACUCCCAUCUACGCCCUCGGAGCUCUAUCCGAAUGUUUUUGUAAUGUCACAGCGUACGAAUUAGCGUAUGCGAGAGCUCCCGAGGGGAUGAAGGCAUUGGUGAUGAGUGUGUUUUUGGCUACGAGUGCGCUUUCGAGUGCGUUGGCGGAGAUUAUUAGUCCUGUUGUUAGGGAUCCGAAUUUGGUGGGCGUUUGGGCUGCGCCCGCUGUGGCUUUGGCUGUGCAGACGGGCGUGUUUUGGUGGAGGUAUAGAGGGGUUGAUGGGGAUGAGUUUAUGAUUUAUGACGAGGAUGGGGAGUGA